AUGGCCGUUCGCAAAACUGCCCAGUGGGUGAUUGACCCAAACAAGGGAAUCGCAGGUCUUCAGCUUCAGGAGAACGUUCCGCUGCCUGACUUGGGGGAGAGUCAAUGUCUGGUUCGCAUCGAAGCAGUCUCCUUAAACUACCGCGAUAUUGCCAUUGCCCUGGGCCGAUACACAUUACCGUUGAAAACAAACUUUGUGGCCUGCUCUGAUGGCGCUGGAGAGGUCGUUGCGGUUGGUUCUGGGGUGAAGCAGUUCAAGCUGGGGAACAGGGUCUGCAUGAACUUCAUGCAAGACCUUCAGGAUGGCAUCGUGACCCCUGAGAUCCGGCAGAGCUCGUUGGGGAGUCAACGAGACGGUGUUCUACGACAAUAUGGAGUAUUUGAAGAGACGGGUCUUGUGUUGAUGCCCAAAGACUUCUCAUAUAUUGAAGGGUCCACCCUACCCUGCGCUGCCCUGACUGCCUGGAAUUGUUUGUUCGGCCUCGAAUCCAGGGCUCUCCGGCCAGGGGAUUUCCUACUCACGCAAGGAACUGGCGGUGUCUCGUUAUUCGCGAUCCAGCUCGCAUUGGCCAUUGGCGCGAAGGUCAUCGCCACCACUUCGACGGCAGACAAGGCAGAGAAGCUCAAAGCAUUGGGCGUCCAACAUGUCAUCAACUACAGGUCCAACACUGAUUGGGGAGAAAUUGCCAGAUCUCUGACUCGAGACGGGCUUGGUGUGCAUCAUGUCGUUGAAGUUGGCGGCGAAAAUAUAAUAUCUCAGAGCUUGAAGGCCAUUAGACCCGAGGGCGUCGUGUCAAUGGUGGGGUUCCUCGGUGGAACAGGGAAUAGUGAAAGCCUACCCAGCAUCGCUUGGAUACAGCGGCAGCUCUGUAUUGUCAGAGGGAUGAAUGUUGGUCCGAAGAGUAUGUUUAAGCAGAUGAAUGCGUUCCUUGAAGAACACAACAUCAAGCCCAUCGUCGCGGAUCGAAUAUUCAAAUUUGAAGAAGCGCCGGAAGCCUACAAAGAAAUGGAGAGGCAGCAUUUCUGGGGCAAGAUUGUUAUUCAGGUUCAAUGA